AUGAUAGGCUAUAUAGAAUUAGAUUCAGGCCAAGAAAAUAAUGAAAAGUAUAGGCUGAAGUGUGAACCAGAUUUAGGUGCUAGUGCAAAUGUCUAUGGAAAGACAAUAAAACUAAUAAUGGCCUCAACAUUUGUUGGUGAAAAGCCACUUCGAAAAGUAUACAGACAUGACAAGAAAACUAAAGAUCAUGUAGAAAUUAUUAGGCCUCAUGCCAUUGAAGAAUAUAACAAACAUAUGGGAAGUGUUGACUUACUCGGUAGUAUAAUAGCUCAACACAAAAUAUUAAUGAGAAGCAAGAAAUGGUAUAUGAGAAUUUUUCUUUCAUUUGUUAGAUCUAGUUAUCGUAAAUGCAUGGUUACUAUACAAGAAUGUGGAAACUGA